AAAUAUGGGCGGAGGGUUGUGAGUCGCAAACUGACAGGGAUUUCGCGUUAAUUUAAUGCUUGAGAAAUUAGAGCACAGGAUUUGGUUUUAUCCGCGCCAAUUCGUCUAUGCUGCCUUUGGGAUCUCACUUCCUCUUCAACUCACGCUCGGAAGGUGAGCCCUAGUCUCCGCUGCAGUGGCCGUCAUGUCGCCGGGCGGAUGUAUUGAGAAUGGGGACGCGGAAGCUGCUGGUAACUGCAAAUCCGGUGAUUCGUAUUGCGAGCAUUGUGGUCGUGGUUGUGGCAGUGGUUCGGCGGAUUAUUCUUCUUUGCCGGCUUUUUCUUGCUCUUCUUAUUCACUUUGGCUUGAUUCUGCGCGGUUGAGAGAGUCGGGGAAGUUUUGGCGGAUUCUGGUUGCUUCUGCUAAAGGCUUCACAAUCGGAGCUGGUCUUAAAGGUGGACUCUCCCUGUUUUCGAUCCUUGCUGGAUUGAAGCGGAGAAAGGCUUUGGCCUCCCUCGGGAAGAAAGGAGUGAUUACGAAUCGUGAUGUAAUUUCCAUGGCUUUGAAGGAGACUUUGAGGUACGGCCUGUUUCUUGGAACCUUUGCUGGGACAUUCGUUUCCAUCGAUGAGAUAAUAGGCAAUCUGGCAGGUCACCGUAGGACUGCAAGAUGGAGGGCUCUAUCAGCGGGAGCAUUAGCUGGGCCAUCAAUGCUUCUGACUGGGUUAAAUACGCAACAUAAGACCUUGGCUAUCUACAUUUUUAUGCGUGCUGCGGUCUUGGCAGCGCGUUGUGGGAUUAAAAGCAAGCGGUUCGGCCAUAUUUGUAAGCCGCUCACGUGGUCAUAUGGUGACAUCUUCCUUAUGUGUCUCUCCUCUUCGCAGAUCUUGUCUGCGUAUGUGUUGAAGCAAGACAGCUUACCACCAUCAUUUAGUUCCUUUCUCAAUAUACAUGGUGGAAAAGAUACUGUAAUCCUGGAAGGUUUAAAGAGUUUUGUAUCAGGCAUGCCAUCUUCUAAUAAAUUUAAAGCAAUAGAAAAGUACUACAGGGCAAUGGGUGCAGAUGUCAAAUUAGAUCUGCAAAUGAAGACUCCAUGCACGAUUAUACAUGGAAAUCAAUCAUGUGGUGGCCAUGUUCUUAACUUUCUCAUUCAAGGAUAUAAAAGAGCAUUGCCAGUUUACCUACCUGUUUAUCUUGUCCCAGCCCUGAUAGUUCAUCGUGAAGGUCUCAUGAAUAGGCCUUACGAAAUUUUAGCAAGGGGGCUUCUAGGAACUGCCAGAUCAAGUUUGUUCCUUUCUGUAUAUUGUUCAUCUGCUUGGAUGUGGACAUGCCUUACUGCAAGAACUUUCAAGAAAAUAAACAUUCCCUUGGUUGCUCUGGCAACGUUCUUAGCUGGUUUGGCUCUGGCCAUUGAGAAGAAGAGCCGGAGGAUUGAAAUCUCACUCUAUUGCCUUGCGAGAGGCAUCGAGAGCUUCUUCAGUUGCAUGACGGAUCUGGGAUACUUGCCACAAUCAUUGAAUUUUAAGAGAGCGGAUGUGAUAAUCUUUAGCAUAUCAACUGCCAUUAUAAUGCACUGCUAUGCACAGGAAAGAGAGGUAUUUCGAUCCAAGUAUUUGAACGUCCUUGACUGGGUUUUUGGUGUGCCUCCUCCUCCCCCUUGUGAUGAAACACCAAGCUGCAAAAAUUGCAAGCAGCAUUGAGGCGACGUCGGAUCUUCUUCGACGAACUAGACUGACCAGGAUUUUAGGGUGCCAAAUAUGUGCAUUAUUUGGUCAUCAAUUUUCAUUCUACACAAUAUUACAAUGUUUAUGUGAUCAUUAGCUGAUAUAGAAUUAGCAUUCAAUCAAGCUUUAGAUGAUUCAUAUGAAGAUAUACUUUCCCCACAGGGCCUCACAUUUGGUAAAUAACAGAUGGCAUUAUUGUCCCGUCACUUUUCAUUUGUUAAAUAAGAGCCCCUUUUCAUCAA